AUGUUCAGCAUUUUAGAGACCUCUACAGGGUUCUACUACGCCCCAGUCCUGGACCCCUUCCUCACCGCUGAGCAGAAGACAGAGCUGCUGCGUAUCUGUAACCCUGACAACACCGAGUGUCUGCAGUACCACCUGCGCGCCGCCUACGGCUACAGGCCCGCUACUGGAUCCGCCCCGUCCUAUGCUGCCCUGGGCUGCGAUCCCACCAAGGACCCCUACUGCCAGCCCCAGCUGGUGAAGAAGGCUCCCUCCGGCUUCUUCCACCUGUACCCCACCUGCGACCCGGCCACCGACCCCCUGUGCAUGGCUAGCAUAGUGACCCCUCCUCCCGCUCCCCUGGAGACCCCCAAGGAACAGCACUGCAACCCCCUCUUUGACAAGGGCUGCAACCCCCUCACCGCCACCAAGCUGGCGGGCCUCACCAAGCCCGUCCUGGAGUACACGCCAAAAGACGUACCGGCACCAGCCCCCGCCCCUCUGGCAUGUGACCCGCGCUACGACCCAUACUGCCUGCUUGGUGCCGCCGCCGCCCUCCAUAAGGCCCCACCAACGCUGCCUCAGUUCCAGAUCCGCUCCCGCCUGGGCGUCCUCGGGAAGACCAAGGAGGGCCAUGACUGUUACAUGCACUACGACAAGGACUGCACUCCUGUGGAGGCCAGCGACGAACCCAAGACCCCCGCCGUACCCCAGUGCCACCCCUACGACUUCACCUGCAACGGCAUGUCCGCCCCUGCUACCCUCACCGCCGAGGCCAACAAGCCCAAGAGCGGCGUGAUCUUGCCCGAUCCCGACUGCGACCCCGAAUACGACUACAACUGCCGCCUUCGUCGCGCCGAGGACUCCCCCGCUGCGAUGGAAUCAGCGGCCAAGGAGCCCAAGGAGAAGCCGGUGCAGCAGAAGGCCGGGCCCGGGUACGCUGUCCCACAGUUCGAAGACUUCCUGAGGAGUUACAUGGCCAUGGGCCAGUACAGGAAGAAGUACAUUUAAAAAAACACACGUCACACAAAUGUCAACUAGACGCUAGAUCGCUAGAACUGGAAGAAAGUGAGACAAGGUAAUGUU